AUGAGUAAGAGUUCUGCUAAAAGGAGUGCCUAUGAACUUGUACUUAUGCAAAAUUCUCUCUCGACAAUGGUUAGACCUUGUGGCGAUGCGAUUCAGGGACAUGGAGGCUGUAAGGGAUGUUCUUGUUCACCUAUAUGCUACGGACGUAAGUGUCAGGAGUGUCGAGGAAAUUGCAAAGUGUUGGGUGCUGCUUCAGGUCAUGGUUUAGAAUUAAACACUGAUGAAAUGCUAGAUCAGGUAUCGACAGUGUUACAAAAAUAUGGGAGUAGUAACGUAACCAUAAAAGACACUGUGGAUAAUGUCAAAAAGAAGCUGGUAGUAGAUGAUAAGCGAUCAGUGAGAUCAAAAGAUAUAUUACCUGGAAUGUGCAGUGUUAUAACAUGCACGGAAAAUAAAGGAAGUGAUAAAUUCAGUCAAGAAGAAGCGAUAAAUCGACCCAAUUCGACCAAAUUAUGUCAAAUUAUAAACGGAAAUGACGAUCCAGUUUGGCUAAGCAUUACCUCAUCUGACUAUGCUACAAUCAGACCAAUUAAUUUUAAGAAAAUUCAGGCGAUUAGCUUUCGUGAAUUGAUCUCAACAAAAACUGAAGUUGUUUCUUCGGAGGAUAAACUGCCUGUAGUGAUUCGAAAACAUGAAAUGAACUCGAAUAUUUCAUCUCCAUGUCCUCUCUCUUGUUGGAGUAUGUCACCUCGGGACAGGAUUACAGCGACAGAAGUGGACGAUCCGUUGUUACGGUCAUUAUAUGAUUCUAGUAUUAGUACGAACUUAAUGGAUUAUAAUCCUAAUAUUCUGAAUGAUUUCGACUCAGACUAUGGAGCGCGAAAAACAAGUACGUCAGUUCACUGCUAUCCAGAACAGGAAGCGAAGCGCAUAGUUAAUGAGGCAUUUAGAUUACGCUUUCCACAAGUGCAUGUUUCUUUCACAAAAAUUAACAGUAUUAAACGAGAACUUCAUCAGAUAGCUGUUGCGUGUGAUUUAGAAGAUUGUACCACAGCCCAUGCAUACGUCUUCUAUGAAAAAGUUGUUCUGAAGGUUUUUUUUCAUAAAAAUUAUUGGAUCUAUCAUUUUAUACAGCUAUUUGAAAAAGCAUUUUUUCCACAAUCUUUAGAUUUAUGUAAUGUUGAGCAUUUGAAAACUGUUAUUAACGUUAUCACAGGAACCACUUUUUGUCUAAUAAUGAUGAUUGCUCUGACAAAUUUGGUAUUGCAGGGUUUAGUGUGUAAAACGAACCGGAAGCUAGUAGCUGGAGCUGCUCUUCUUAUUGCAGCAAAAAUUACUGACUUUGGAUCAAUGCGUAUUUCUGAUGUCGUUAAUUAUUUGGAAUCGUCAUUACGGAUUAAUCGUAAAGAACUUUUGCGAUAUGAAAUACCACUUUGCGCUGCUCUUAGUUUUGACUUAAGGGUACCAAAUUUGCAGCUUUUACCACACUAUCAAAGGAUUGCUCUAAUGAUAUUAUAA